GAAAUGAAAGGGCAGGCAAACAGGAAGAAGAAGAAGAGAGUUGUUUGCAACAGAUGUGCUCUCUUUUUUGGCUGUUUGUCUCCUGUACUGGGAAACAUGUGUUUCUUUGCUGGUGAGGAGAUUUUAUGCUACCCAUCAACCGCCCUGUUGGUGUAAGGAUUACCUUUCAACGUAUUCUGCUGGACAUUUCACCAAAACCUCAGGAACCCUCAGAAACUCUCCCAGGAACAGUCUCAACUUUCCCCUGGACUAUCCGCCCACGAGAGCCAUCUCUACCUUCAAGAUAUCUAUAUUCCUCAAGGAUUUGCCUCAUCAAUUACAAACCCGGUGAGGCUGUUCCUUACUUGGCUGUACAUAAAAACUGGACUUAAGGACUUCAUUUGUUGAAGCUAAAGGACUGAGCAAUUGUAUAUAGUGUAUAUUGAUGUCAGUUCCUGUUGUUGUUGUUGUUGUUGUUGGGUUGUAAAUAGGAUUUGGGGUGCUUUCAAUACAUUUUGUGGGCUUCACCGUAUGUUUGUGGACGUGUUUUCUGUGCUCAGUUAUAAAUUUUGUAUUUCCUUUUGACACCCUCUCAUACAUCUUCCUCCAUAGCACGGUAGGUGCAGGUUACCCAUAUUUUUUAAACGUUUCUGUGUUAUCCUAUUUUAAGUAGUUGGUAACAUGUGGUGGCCCAUACGGGGACCUGCACAGAUCAAGAAUAGAAACUACUGCCUACCUUUUGUGUCUCAUUUUCAUUUGCCUAUUUUCAAUAGAACAAAACUUUCUGUAAAGAUGGCGGUGAGUGCACGGUCAGAGGCAGUGGAUGGAUCCUCACCCCCUUUAGACUUCACUGCUGGUCCGUUCGUGACUCAAAGAUCCAUGAAUGACAUCAUUGACACCCUGAGCCAGCUAUACAUCUGCUCAGAUGAUGAGGAGGAGAUUUCAGAACCUGGUGAGAGAGCAGAGGACCAACAAAAUUGGCUUCCCCCUCCUCCACCUCCUGUGGACAAUAUUCCUGAAGGUUGGGAGGAAAGGCUACUGAGGCUGGAGAACAAAAUAGUGGACCUGGAAGAAAGACUACCAGGGAUGGAGGAAGAGCGCUGUUCCCUCAUGACCCAAGAACAAGAGAAAUGGGGAGAAAAGCUGCAGGGGCUGAGAGCCAGUUUUGAAGAGGGCAUCAAGGCCCUAGAGAAUCGACUGGGAUACCAUAUGGACAGGUGGAGUGAGCGGCUUAAGAAGGAGAUGGAUCUGGAGAUACAAGAGCUUGGAAGGUCAGUUGUAGACUGUUUCAAGAGGAGAGAUGUGCAACUCGAAGAGUUUUCAGGCCUGCAAUUUCACUUCUUCCACCCCUUUCUCCAGAGCAAUGGAGAGAAAAGGAGAAAGAACUGGUGAUCGUCUUAUGGACAGUGUGAUUGGAAUGCACACCAAACCACCCGUGAAGAUUGACUUUCCCAGGUAUGAAGGUCUUGGGGAGGAAAUGGAUCCAGUUGCCUUCAUAGAAAAAUGUGAAGAGUUUCUGGCAGUCCGGCCCCUGAGUGACGCUGCAAUUCUUGCUGCGCUCACCUCGGUUCUGGCUGGGAACAGCCAAGGAUUGGUGGAUGGCCGAAAAGGGGGCAGUCAGAACUUGGGGAAAGUUUAAGACAGCUUUCCUUAGGGCAUUCCUGUCUGAAGAUUAUGAGGAUGAAGCAGAGAGGCGGUUACGGGAGCGUACACAGGGUAUCAAUGAAAGCAUAUGGGAUUUUGCUUACCAAUACCGAGCUCUGUCUGAGGUGGAGAAAGGAAUUUCUGAGAAAGAAUUAUUGCAGGCUAUAUUAAGGAACUGCAACCCCUGACUUGCAAGCCUCUUGAGGGGAAACGUCACUAGUGUCAACGAGCUGGUACACGUUGGAACCCUGAUAGAGAGGGACCUUUCAGAAGCCAAACACUACUGGGAGAGAGUCAAUCAUGAGAGAGGAGGAGAGAGAUCAGGUCACAAAUCUAGCAAAAAACCACCUUUCAACACUGGCCAAACUACUGUGGUCCAGUACAUCUCACAGCCGGUCAAAUCUCUUACUUUACCUCUCGUGGUUCGGGGGCAACAACUUUCAGCCAUGAUUGACACUGGAAGUACCUUCUCGCUAAUACAGGAAGCCUGCUGGAAUGAAGUGAGAAAGAAGGGUGAACUUUGGAGGCCUAGCAAUGGUCAA